AUGCGCGUGGUGCUGGCCUGGCCCUGGCUCCGGGCAACAUGCACUUUGCUCGGAAACGCUCCCCGCCGUCUGGUCUCCCGGGGAGCCCCUCGCCGGCGCAGAACGCAGAAAGACUGCGCAGCUGGGUGGGAUGAGAAGAGCACAGGCAGGGUGCAGUGGUCGCAGCUGGAGCACAGGGGCCCGCACUUCACCCCUCCAUACGAGCCCCUUCCAGAUGAAGUUCGUUUCCUCUAUGAUGGAAAACCUUUGAAAUUGAGCCUGGCAGCUGAGGAGGUUGCCACUUUUUAUGGAAAAAUAUUGGAUCAUGAAUAUACAACAAAGGAAGUUUUCCAAAAUAAUUUCUUCAGCGAUUGGCAAAAGGAAAUGACAACAGAAGAGAGGAAAGUCAUCACAAGCCUGGACAAGUGUGACUUCACUGAGAUCCACAGAUACUUUGCGGACAAAGCUGUAGCCCGGAAGGCUCUGCCCAGGGAGGAGAAGCAGAAGCUAAAGGAAGCAGCAGAGAAACUUCAGCAAGAGUUUGGCUACUGUAUUUUAGAUGGUCACCGAGAAAAGAUUGGCAAUUUCAAGACAGAGCCACCUGGGUUGUUCCGGGGCCGUGGUGACCACCCCAAGAUGGGGAUGGUGAAGAAGAGGGUCCUGCCGGAGGAUGUGGUCAUCAACUGCAGCAGAGACUCAAAGAUUCCUGAGCCACCGACAGGUCACCAGUGGAAAGAGGUGCGCACUGAUAAUACUGUCACGUGGCUGGCCUCAUGGACAGAGAACGUCCAGAGCUCCAUCAAGUACAUCACGCUGAACCCAAAUUCAAAGCUAAGGGGAGAAAAAGAUUGGCAAAAGUAUGAGACAGCUCGACGCUUGAAAGGGGUUGUGGCUGAGAUCCGCUCCCAAUACCAGGCAGACUGGAGAUCAGGAGGAAUGAGGACCCGACAGAGGGCCGUGGCCCUUUACCUCAUCGACAAGCUGGCACUGAGAGCAGGGAGCAGGAAGGAGGAAGGCGAGGUGGCCGACACUGCAGGCUGCUGUUCCCUCCGUGUGCGACAUGUCCGGCUGCACCCGGAGGCCGAUGGCCACAAGUACGUUGUGGAGUUUGACUUCCUGGGGAAGGACGCAAUCCGCUACUACAACCGAGUGCCGGUGGAGGGGCCGGUAUAUGAGAACCUGCAGCUGUUCAUGGACCACAAGGAGCCUGAAGACAAGCUCUUUGACGGACUGACUACGGCCAGCCUCAACAGACAUCUUCAGGACCUGAUGGACGGGCUGACGGCCAAGGUGUUCCGGACCUACAAUGCCUCCAUCACUCUUCAGGGGCAGCUGCGGGCACUGACACGUGCUGAAGAUAGUGUAGCAGCAAAGAUCUUAUCUUACAACCGUGCCAACCGUGCCGUGGCCAUUCUCUGCAACCAUCAGCGAGCAGCUCCUAAGACCUUUGAGAAGUCGAUGCAGAAUCUGCAAACAAAGAUCAAGGUAAAGAAGGAGCAGGUGGCUGAGGCCAUGGUGGAGCUGAGGAGGGCGAAGGCUGACUCGGAAAUCAAAGGGGAUGGCAAGUCCAGGAGUGUUCUAGAAAAGAAGAGGCGGUCUCUGGAGAAGCUGCAGGAGCAGCUGGCAAGGCUGAGUGCACAGGCCACGGCCAGGGAGGAGAACAAGCAGGUGGCCUUGGGAACGUCCAAGCUCAACUACCUGGACCCCAGAAUCAGCAUCGCCUGGUGUAAGAGGUUCGGGGUGCCCAUAGAGAAGAUCUACAACAAAACCCAGAGGGAGAAGUUUGCCUGGGCGUUCAACAUGGCUGGCGAAGACUUUGAAUUCUAACGGCGCUGUCUCCAUUGAAACUUCUGUGGGUUUUUCACUAUUAAAACAAUCUUUGGGCUCAGCGCCUAUGGCGCAAGCGGCUAAGGUGCUGGCCAAA